AAAAUAAAGUGUUUAAUAUGGUGACACAAUUCCUCGAAUAACGCUACAACACAGGAACAUUGUUUGGACAUUCUCCAGCCAUACAAAGCUGCCAGAGGUGUAAGUUGACGGAGCAAGCUAGCUGAGUCAGGCAUACGCCCCUUUCUGGCAACGACUGACGUCACACUUGUGCCGAAAAUGGCGGACACAGAGUUGAAUGUUGACAGCCUCAUUUCCCGACUUUUGGAAGUACGAGGUUGCAGACCAGGAAAGACGGUACAGAUGACAGAUACUGAAGUUAGGGGACUGUGUCUAAAAUCCCGAGAAAUCUUCCUCAGUCAGCCAAUCUUACUAGAGUUAGAGGCUCCUCUGAAAAUCUGUGGUGAUAUUCACGGACAGUACACAGAUCUCCUGCGUCUGUUUGAGUACGGGGGAUUUCCCCCAGAGUCUAAUUACCUGUUCCUAGGGGACUAUGUGGACAGGGGAAAGCAGUCACUAGAAACCAUAUGUCUUCUUCUAGCAUACAAAAUCAAAUAUCCAGAGAACUUCUUCCUACUGCGAGGAAAUCAUGAAAAUGCCAGUAUUAACAGAAUUUACGGCUUUUAUGAUGAAUGUAAAAGGAGAUUCAAUGUGAAGUUAUGGAAGACAUUCACAGAUUGUUUUAACUGUUUACCUAUAGCAGCUAUCAUAGAUGAAAAAAUAUUUUGUUGUCAUGGAGGCUUGUCUCCAGAUCUUCAGUCGAUGGAACAGAUCAGGAGGAUAAUGAGACCAACAGAUGUCCCAGACACAGGUUUACUGUGUGAUCUGUUGUGGUCAGAUCCAGACAAAGAAGUUCAAGGCUGGGGAGAGAAUGAUAGGGGCGUGUCCUUCACGUUUGGUGCAGAUGUUGUUAGCAAAUUCUUAAAUCGUCAUGAUCUUGAUCUUAUAUGUAGAGCCCAUCAGGUAGUAGAGGACGGAUAUGAGUUCUUUGCCAAGAGACAGUUAGUAACACUAUUUUCGGCUCCAAAUUACUGCGGGGAAUUUGAUAAUGCUGGGGGGAUGAUGUCUGUCGACGAGACACUCAUGUGUUCAUUUCAGAUCUUGAAGCCCUCAGAAAAGAAAGCCAAAUACCAGUAUGGAGGAUUGAAUUCAGGUCGACCAGUAACGCCACCUAGAGGACCUCAGCAACAACAGAAAAAGUGAAAGUAGACAAGAAAUCAAAUCGGCUAGAGACUGAAAAAAAGUCUUAAGAAACCACUUCACCAACAUAUCACCAUAAGAUGAACUUUUCACAGUCUGGGAUCACCCUGGAUGGAGAGUAAUUUAGCAGCCCAUUAGAUGUGUAGCGUAUAAUCAGAAGUCUCAGACUGGGUGUACACCUGUCCUGGAAUUAGUCUCUCCUAGACCAAAAAAAAAAAAAAUAAUGAUAGUAAUAUUAAACCUGAGUGUUUGAUGAAGUGAAAGUUGCUGUAUGUGAUCUGUUCCUGAAUUAGGCAACACUAAACCUACAUUGAUUGCAGUCAUCCGUAUCUUUUAUGUGCAUUUUAUUAUUUUUUAAAAGGUGACAUCAAAGCUAUCUUUUAACUAGAACAGUAAUGCAUGUUGAAGAAAUGAUUUGGAUGGGAGCUAUAAAUUAUUCCCAUGUGGUGAACUUAUCGUACACACUACACCGUCACCAUCUGUACAUAUUCUAAUUCAAGCUGAACUGUGAUAAUGUUUGUGUAGGUUUUUUUUGAAACUGAAACUGAAAGCUGUAAUUUAAUGAUUAUUCAAUACAAAUGGACAUUUAACACUUUAAACAUAAACAUGUCUGUAAUUGCAUAUCUAUUGAGUCCCUGAAAGUCUAUAUGCCUUUUAUGUUCUUUAGUGUAUUAUGUAAAGUAUUUACAUUGUAGCUUUGCAAUGGUAAUUUUAAAAAAAUAAUAUACAUGAGAGUAGCUUAGUACAUGUUAUUAUUUAGACUUGUUCACCCAAGAGGUUUUGUAGUACGUUUAUGUACUUUGUACAUUGUGUAUUAGAUGAACUAGACAGACGUCUUAAUUUACCACCAUCUUCAUGUAAAGCUUUCUCUAGGGUGGCAGUGUGUUAAACAGAAAGUAUCAUGUGUUAAACUGAAAGUAACGUGUUAAACAAAGUAACAUGUUAAACUGAAAGUAACUGAAUGAUGUUUAUUUGAACAUGUACGAUGAUAGGGAAGUGGAUGAGUGAUGACUAAUUAUUGGCUGAUGUGUAAUGAAGUAUCUGUUGGAGGCUUGGUUUAAAUGAUAACAGGGUUUUUAAUGAUCUGCAUCUUAUACGUGUCAGGAAAUGGCCGUAAUCUCUUAUUUAUUUUGUAGUUUGAGUAGGAUAGUCACUGGAAUCAUGUGAGAUUUAGCAUCAUUGGCCGGUCUAAAUCACAUGUUUUCAGUGUUAAUACUGUAAUAGUACGCUUAGAAUAUGUCUUUAUUUUGAGGUUUUAAGGUUGAAUUGUUGAAGAGAUAUGUAAAAGCAUUGUCCUCACAGACUGCAGGUUGUAUUUGGAUUUUGCCAGAACAUUCUCUCAUCUGACGAAAACUAAAGUAAAAUGAAUCUGUACAUGUGAUUGGUAGGUUCUGCGUCAUCUUUGGUCUUUAUGUGGUUGGCAUGUUUUGUGUCCUGUGUUGCCCUCCGUUUCGUGCUUCGUCUUCAGUGUUUAAUGGCAGUCGUAGUCUGUGUUCAUUGUCCGUAUACCACCCUGUAUUCCCCAAUCUCUGUUUCGUGGAAGAUUCUAUGCAAUGGCGUGUUGCAAUAACAAAUCUAAUUCUGUGUUGGUAUAGGAAUUCACUAUCAAUAUUUCUAGGGAUUUUUUUAUUUAUGUGACUGAGCAGGAAUUUUAUAGAUUUAAUCCAAGUUGUGUAUGUAUAGACUGAAGAGAUCUGCUGUUAAUUAGAAUAGCCAAUAUAUAUAUCUGGUUUGUUGUUUUAACUAUGUCACCAUAAACUCUGAUCGAUGAACAAUAUUACAAUAAACUAUUUCUAUAUUUUGA